CCCUGUCCCGCGGUCGUUCGGCUCGUUGUGCCUGUCGCUGCGCCGGUGCGAGGUGGUGAGCGGAGCUCCGCGGAGCCCCAAGGUGUCCCCCUGUUGCUGUGGACAAGUCUGCGUGCAGUCAUGAGUCUCGCCCUGCGCCGUGUCAUCCCCUGGGGGCUGGUGCUGCUGGUGUGCGGAGCCCAAGGCUUCCUGCUGCCUAAUGCCACCCAGCUGGAGAGGCUGCUCAGCAGAUACCAGAGGGACGGGCACUCGCGUGUCCGGCGGGCCAUCCCCAGGGAGGACAAGGAGGAGAUCCUCAUGCUGCACAACAAGCUCCGGGGACAGGUGAACCCUGAAGCUUCCAACAUGGAGUACAUGAGCUGGGACGAGGAGCUGGAGAGGUCGGCGGCAGCCUGGGCCCAGCAGUGCCUCUGGGAGCACGGGCCCACCAGCCUGCUGGUGUCCAUUGGCCAAAACCUGGCAAUCCACUGGGGCCGGUACCGCUCCCCGGGCUUCCACGUGCAGUCCUGGUACGACGAGGUGAAGGACUACACCUACCCCUACCCCCAAGAGUGCAACCCCUGGUGUCCCGAGAGGUGCUCCGGGCCCAUGUGUACGCACUACACGCAGAUCGUGUGGGCCACCACCACCCGCGUCGGCUGCGCUGUGCACACCUGCCCGCGGAUUAACGUCUGGGGGGACCUCUGGGAGAACGCCGUCUAUCUGGUCUGCAACUACUCCCCCAAGAUGGAUGGCAACACACUCACCCACUUCGUUUGGUCGGAAGUGGCCAUGUGGGAGGAGACCUUCAACCCAACGCCGGAAACCGAGGAGACGAACGAGGUGGAGACGGUGCCUCUCCCCGAGGAGACGUGGGUCCAGCCGAGGGCGGUCAGGCCCACCAAGCCCAGCCGUGCCUCCGUGGUCAGCUACAUGGCCCAGGUCGUGCGCUGCGACACCAAGCUGAGGGACAGGUGCAAGGGGUCCACGUGCAACAGGUAUCAGUGCCCAGCAGGAUGUUUGAACAACAAGGCCAAGAUUUUCGGGACCAUCUUUUACGAGAGUGAGUCCAGCAUCUGCCGCGCCGCCAUCCACUACGGAGUCAUCGACGACAAUGGAGGCCUAGUGGACAUCACCAGGAACGGGAGGGUCCCCUUCUUUGUGAAGUCCGAGAAGCACGGUGUGGAGUCUCUGAGCAAGUACAAGGCUUCCAGCUCCUUCACGGUCUCCAGGGUGAAAGUGCAGGACGUGGACUGCUACACCACUGUGGCACAGCUCUGCCCGUUUGAGAAGCCGGCCACUCACUGCCCAAGGGUCCUCUGUCCCGCAAACUGCAAAGAUCAGCCGUCCUACUGGGCGCCCGUGUUUGGAAGCAACAUCUACACCGACUCCUCCAGCAUCUGCCGGACAGCUGUGCACGCGGGCGUCAUCAGGGAUGACCUCGGGGGCUAUGUGGACCUGAUGCCCAUUGACAAGAAGAAAAACUAUGUGGGCUCGCUCAGGAAUGGAGUGCAGUCAGAAAGCUUGAGAACCCCUCGCGACGGGAAGGCCUUCCGGAUCUUUGCGGUCAGGCAGUAGACCGCCAGCGCCAGGGGACCAGGAUACCUUCCGGAGGGCUUCGGGGUUUUGCUUUCUAUGUUGUCA